GGUGCCUUAUUGCAGUGACCAAACCAAAGGCUACACCCACUUAGACCCACAAGCUCUAUGGCCUUAUCUCUGCAUUCUCCAUCUUCACUUCUCACUCCCAUUCAACCCUCCAACCCCUCAUCCCUAACACUCCUCAAUUGUCAGUAUUCUCCACUCACCAAGCCCACUAACCACAUCACCUACAAUGAUGCAGCAGUCCUCUCAAAUCCUUCACCUUCCAAGAAAUGGAGAGUUGGGGUCUCUUUUUUUCCUGCUUUUUUGAAAAAAGGAAAAGAUGCUAAAGCUCUCAAGGAAGAGCUUCUUGAUGCCAUUGCCCCACUUGAUAGAGGUGCUGAUGCCACUCUUGAGGAUCAACAAAGGGUUGAUCAGAUUGCCAGUGAGCUUGAAGCAGUCAAUUCAAUAAAGGAGCCACUGAAAUCUGAUUUAUUGAAUGGAAAAUGGGAGCUUAUAUACACGACUUCACAAUCGAUUUUACAAACCCAGAGACCCAAAUUCUUAAGGUCAAUUGCAAACUACCAAGCAAUCAAUGUGGAUAUUCUAAGGGCUCAGAACAUGGAAUCUUUUCCAUUCUUCAACCAGGUGACAGCAGAUUUAACGCCUCUAACUGCAAAAAAGGUGGCUGUAAAAUUUGAUUCUUUCAAAAUUCUUGGGCUGAUACCUAUUAAGGCACCUGGUAGAGCUCGUGGUGAGUUGGAAAUUACGUACUUGGAUGAGGAGUUAAGAGUAUCAAGAGGCGACAAAGGAAACUUGUUCAUCUUGAAAAUGAUCGACCCAUCCUACCGGGUUCCUGUAUAAUGAUGCUUGAAUCACACUGUAGAAGUAUGAUACCUGAAUCCCAAGCUUCCUUUGUUGUGGGAAUCUUCCUGAGACACUCCUUUUAAUUUGUAUAACAAGCCAAUUUUGGUCAGAUAGAAACUGAUUUUGGAAAGAGUUAAAUGCAUAUGUGCUGCAUACUUCUAUUUUUUUUAUGUAUUUAUAUAAGAACAUGAUCCAUAUUGAUCAACACUGUCUAUCACAAA